AUGAAAGAAGAAUUCAUAGACCAAUUUUGUCCUCCCUUAAAGAUAGCCAAGUUGAAGAAAGCCAUAACCAACUUUGAACAACAAGUUGAAGAGUCACUUUAUGAGGUUUGGGAGAGAUACAAGGGCCUACUAAGGAACUGUCCACAUCAUGAUCUAAACAGUCAACAAGAAGUCUCCAUUCUCUAUGAUGGAGUCAAUGUAACAACUAGGCAGCUCGUUGAUUCACAAGGAGCUCUCACAAAGAAGCCACCACCGGUGAUCAAAGAACUAAUUGAAGAAUUCUCUAAGCACUCUAGAGAAUAUCAUAACCCAAGGAAUGACUUGACUCGAGGGGCGGUGAACUCUAUUACCGAUGAUAUGGCAGCAAUGAUGGCAAAAUUGGAAAGCCUGGACCGGAGAAUGACUAAGAUGGACAAAUCCAUCCAUGCCAUUAGAGUGGGAUGUGAAAAUUGUAGAGGGCCCGACCUUACUAAGGAUUGUGACCUUGAUGAGAAUGGGAAUCGGAAAAUUACAAAAUGGCUACCAUAUGAAGAGUACAAAAAGACAAGGGAGGAAAAAUAUAAGCAAAAAGAUAGAGGCUUUUAUCAAAGGGAGGAAUCGGUACAUGAAAAGAAAUCAGAUUUAGAAGACAUGCUUUCAAGAUUCGUGGCCGCAUCCAAGAAAAGACAUAAUGACACCGGUGCUGCAAUUAAAGAUCAACAAAGUAUGUUGAGAGAACACCAAAUUAUGAUGAAAGAUCAACAGGAUUUGCUUAGGAAUCAGCAAGCAUCCAUUAUCAACAUAGAAAAGCAGCUGGGCCAACUUGCACAACAAGUGAACGAGAGAAGACCGGGUGGACUUCCUAGUAAUACCGAAAGCAACCCAAAAGGUGCACAUAUAAAUAUCAUGACAACUAGAAGUGGGAAGAUUAUAACUCCUCUAGCUCCUAUUCAUCAAGACGAUCCCAAGAAUAUGCAAGAGGAAGAAGAAAAACAUGAAGAAUCACAAAUUCCCGACCCGACUCACCGAGUCGAGGUUACGGAUUCGACAAGUUCCCUACCUGAACAGAAAAACAGUCCUCCUGUUAAGCCAUAUCAGCCACCACUCCUAUUUCCAGCCUGA